GCCUCAUCUCAAAUAAUUUCGAGCUCUCAGUUGAUUCAAUACUCAUGGAAAAUAUUGUAUAAACAAAAUGGCAGAACCAAUGCCCCCAAUCGAACAACGCACCCCUACAGAACAGCACCAAAAACUCGGCAGUGACAACAUCACCGCCGAACGCGUCUAUCUGCCCCGGAUAACCAUCAAAUAUUGCACCCAGUGUAAAUGGAUGUUGCGCUCUGCCUACUUCGCCCAAGAACUCCUGUCAACUUUCAACACCGAUCUCGGCGAAGUCGCACUAAUCCCCUCGACCGGCGGGGUUUUCACGGUCACCAUGUACCAUGCCUCCGAUGAGACGCUUACGACUAGUGAGACGGUGCUUUGGGAUCGGAAGACGAAUGGAGGGUUUCCAGAGGUAAAACAACUCAAAGCCCUGGUACGGAAUAUCGUCGACCCCUCGCGCUCGCUAGGACAUACGGAUCGGGCGCUAAGGGCGGCGAAUGUGCCUACGCAGACGCAGGCGGAGGCUGGUGCUGAUGGGAAGAGGGGGUCUGUGAGUGGUCUGAGUCAGGAUAUGGAGAGUGCAACUGCGAAUGUGCAUAGGAAGGAGAAAGAGAGGUGUGAGGAGUGCCAGUAGAUAUGCAGUGAUUCAAAAUGGAUGUAUGUAUAUGAGGGUGCAACACCAACUGUUGAUAAUGUUUGCUUUUUACGCAUGGAUAACUCAGAAAGCACAUGGUUUGGAAAGUAAACAUCCCAUGUACUCUCUCCAACUAAAUCUACCCUUUCUAUCCAUUCGAGCAUCGAACUGCGG